UUGAAAGAAGAAAAACAUCGAAGUAAAGCAAAGCAAAAAAAACGAGAAACAUCGAGAGGAAUUACGAAAACAACCCGGUGUGCGUGUGUGUGCGGGCUGGGAAAUUUCACAACAAAAAAGCAUCGGAAGAAAAGGAGUCUGUUUCCGGUUUUCCUCACUGGAAAGAGAAGUAAAGGCGGCCUCGCUGGUGCUUUCAGUGCUGAAAUCGGCCGAACCCCGGGGAGUUAAAACAUGAUUAUCAUUUAAAACGACAUUCGCCACUGAAACACGCAACAGCAACCUUUGGAAACGUUACCAGAGCUUCCGUUUUUGACCGUGUUGGUAAAGCAAGGAUUACCGUUGUACCAGGAGAAACAAACACACGCGCGCCGAGAUGGCCGUUUCAUUUUGUGGCAAACGAUUGCUACUGACACGCACGAAUCUUUUUGCAAAUCCGCGACGUCACGGGUAUAUUGUGCUCGUACCAGAGAUUGGGGAGGAUUUGCCGGAGAAAAAUCCACUCUCGAACCCGCACGGUUUGCCCGAGUUUAAUAAUGUAACGAUCGAGAAGUGUGUCGGCGCGAUUGGCCAACAGGCAAUAGCGGUGGAGAAGAGCGUACGGGCGAUCGAGGAACGGUUAGAGCAGGUAGCGGCCGGUACCGCGCCACCGGUGUCGGAUGUGAUUAAGGAUAUCAUACUGCCACUGGAAGCGACCGGUGCACCGCUCGAAACGACCUGGGGCAUAGCGAAAACGCUCUAUCUCGGGAACAGCUCCCGGAUGCCGACGAAAAGCUACCUGACCAUACACGAACGGGCACGUGGUGCCCGGCGGUCGAAGUUUAACAGCGUACCAAUCUAUCGCACACUGAAGGGUGCGAUCGACGCUGCCGACAAGAAGCAGGAGCUGACCGGCGAGGAACGCCGGCUGUUGCAGAAGUACGUGCUGGAGGCGAAGCUGAGCGGUAUCGAGGUGGAUGGUUCGUCGAAGCUAGAACUGAACGAAAUUCUCGAACGGUUAGCCCAGGAACGUGCCCGGUUCGCGGGCAAACGUGAUAUGGCGGUAAAGAAGUACCAGCAGGUGAUUGAGGAUCCGGCACUGAUGAAAGAGUUCCCACCGACGCUGCUCCAGUCGCUCGCUACCGAUCCGAGCCAGGCAAUGAAGGGCCCGUGGAAGAUUACGCUACAGCCCGCGGUGGCGGAACGGUUCCUCGAGUACUGCGGUGAUCGUACGCACCGGUGGAAUCUGUGGCAGGCGGACACCCGGAAGUGUUCGAUCCACACGGACAAAUCGCUGGAAAACAGCACCCACCUCGAGUCGAUCCGGGCGUUACGCAAGCGCCAGGCGAAGCUGCUCGGUUACGAAUCGUACGUACACAUGUCGAUGGAAACGAAAAUGGCCGGUUCGGUGGAGGCGGUAUCGAAUGCGCUUGACGAGCUGCACCGGUACGCGAAACCGGCGGCCGACGGUGAGCUGGGCGCACUGGAACGGUUCGCCGGCGAGCAUGGGUUCCGCGGACCGCUCGACAUUUACGAUGUGCCGUACUGGAAGCGACGCCAUCUUGCGACCGUCCAUCAGUUCGACCAGGAAGCGCUGAAGGAUUAUUUCCCGCUGCCGCGCGUCCUAACCGGGCUGUUCCAGCUGGCCGAGCAGCUGUUCGGGGUGCGGAUUGUCGAGCGGGUCGGUGUCGAUGUGUGGCAUGAGGAUGUGCGGUUUUACGAUGUGCUGGAAACGGGCCCGGAUGCACCGCCGGAACCGAUCGGAGGGUUUUACACCGAUUUUUACUCGCGCGAAGAUGAAAAGCUAGCGGUGGCGGAUAAUGCUGGCUGGAUGGUUGGUAUCGGGAGCCGUAGUGCGGGCACUGGUUCGCAACCGCUCGCGGCGCUGAUCUGCAACUUUCCGGCACCGCUGUACGGGAAACCGUCGCUGCUAACGCUGGACGAUGUGCAGACGCUGUUUAAUCGGUUUGGGAAAGCGUUACAGCAUUUGCUCACCACCUGCCGGUACAGUGAUGUGGCGGGCCUGUCGAACGUGGAGUGGGACGCGGUGGAGGUGAGUGGGCACGUGCUGACGCAUCUGUUGCACGAUUCCGCCACGAUACGGGCGAUCUCGGCACACUACACCAACGAGGACCCGCUGCCGGAACCGUGCGUGGAAGCGAUCCAGCGACGCCGUACGCAUCUGGCCGGCUAUCGGCUGUGCCGCGAGCUGUACCUGGCCAAUCUCGAUCUACAGCUGCACCUGACGAGCGACUAUUGGUUGGACGUGACGAAAAAGCUCUACCCGCUGUACCAUCAGUUCCCGCUCGAUCGGAAGGAUGCGCACCCUUGUUCGUUGGUACCGAUCGCGUCCGGUGAGUGGGGUGCGGCGUACUACAGCCAUCUAUGGUCCCGGAUGAUUGCGGCCGAUGUGUAUAGCGCGUUCGCGGAAGCGAAGGAACCGGCGGCACGGCAGGAAGUGGGCAGACGGUUCCGGGAUACGUUCCUGGCGCUUGGCGGUGGUUGCCAUCCGAGCGAGGUGUUCCGGCGAUUCCGUGGCCGGGAUCCGUCACCGACCGCGCUGCUCCAAACGCUCGGCAUUUACAAGCCGCAGGCAGUGGGUGGCAGUGCUGCAGGUGGUGGUGGUAGUGGUGGUGGUAGCGGAGGUGGAGCUACGACACACCAGAAAACGGCAGGCAAGGAUGAACAGCAACACUAGACAGACGAGAAGAUUCAUUUGAAUGAAAAAAUGUAAGAAAAGCAUUCUUAACGUACAAAUAAUCACACAUACAGACACACGCACAUACACAUAAAGACAUACGAGAUGUAGAGGAUGGAAUGGAAUCAAAUCCCAUACGUGAGAGAUAUGCUUGCAUUGGUACCCUUAUGGAAUAUAUAAUACAUCCUUGCGAAUAGGCCGUGUUGAAGUUCGCUGUUGUA